AUGGAUGAAGAUUUAUAUUUGCCGAAUGAGUGCUGGGAAUCUAUCCUUAAAUUUCUCAGCGACGGCCAUGGAGACGACAACCACUACUACUUUCAAGCUCUUUCCGUCGCUUCUAAACAAUUCCUCUCUAUCACCAACCAUCUUCGAUUCUCUCUCAAUAUCUAUGGUCCAACUCGCCCUUUCAUUCACCGUCUCUUCAAAAGGUUCACCAAUCUCACAUCCCUCGACCUCACCUGCUUUGACGGUGACCUCGACGCCCUUCUUUCUCAAAUCUCUUGUUUCCGGUUGAACCUCACGUCUCUCAAUCUCUCUGACCAACCAGCCAUUCCCACAAAUGGUUUACGAGCUUUCUCUAAAAAGAUUACAACUUUGACCUCUUUAAUUUGUUCUAAUAUUGAUUAUAUCUAUAACAGUGACCUCACUCUUAUAUCUGAUUGUUUCCCUUUACUUGAAGUACUUGAUCUUAGUAACAGUAACCCUUUCCAUGUUGAUUUUGACAUUACGAAUGUUGUGGUAAACGCAAUGUUAAUGGCACUUCCUAAACUCCGCAAGGUUAAUUUCUCUCGUUAUAAUUCCUCUAUAAACGACUUAUCGCUUUUACACUUGUGUAAGAAUUGUGAGUUUCUCGAAGAGGUUAUCAUGCUGAAAGAAGGCCUAUUCUUAACUCAACACGGCGUUGCUUCUGCCAUCAGUGAGAGGACAACUUUGAGGUCUAUAUCCGUUAUAUGCACAUCAUAUGAUGACAACAUUAGUUCAUACUUUAUUGACUCGCUGGUUAACUUGAAAUGCUUAACUUGUCUUGAUUUGUCGUUUUCACGUAUCUCAGAUCAGUUGCUUUCGUCUAUUGCAAUGGGAGGUCUUCCUUUAACAAGGCUUGUGCUCCAAAGUUGCACCGGUUAUAGUUAUGAUGGAAUCUUUUCUUUGUUAUUCAAGUGUCGAUGUAUACAAUAUUUGGAUCUUCAAAAAGCUGAGUUUCUAACUGAUCACCAUGUUGUCAAGUUAUCUUUAUUUCUUGGAUAUUCGGUGUCUAUAAACCUUAGUUACUGUAACAUUCUCACAGAUUCAUCCUUGUUUGCCCUCGUUAGAAAUUGUGCUUCACUUAGUGAGAUCAAAAUGGAACACACUACAAUCGGGAGAGAGAGUGUAGGGAAACUGUCUAAAUCUUUGGUGGAUUUCGGUGUAAGCCCUCAAUUAAAAUCUCUCCAUCUUGCUUCCAAUUCAUGGCUAAGAGAUGAAAGUAUCAAAAUGUUUGCUUUCAUUUUCCCCAAUUUGCAACUGCUUGAUUUGAGGUCUUGCCAUGGCAUAUCUGAAGAAGGUAUUUUUCAUGUUCUAAGGACAGGUUGUAAGAUUAGACAUUUGAAUUUAGCCUACUGUGUCGGAGUGAAGUUGCUUGGAAUGAACUUCGAAGUUCCUAAAUUGAAGGUGUUGGACUUGUCAUAUACACUUGUCGAUGAUGAAACACUCUAUAUAAUUUCAAAGAAUUGUUGUGGGCUUUUGCAACUGGAACUGAAAUGUUGUUAUCAUGUCACAGAAAAGGGAGUGAUGCAUGUGUUAGAUAACUGCACGCAACUGAGAGAGAUUAAUCUGGGAUAUUGUCCUAGAGUGCAUUAUAAUAUUGUAGACAAGAUGGUAUUGUCAAAGCCAUCAUUGAGAAAGAUAACAGCUCCACCUUGUUAUUAUUCCAAUGAAAAAAAGGCGGAAUUCUUCUCUCGUCAUGGAUGCCGUUUGAAAGUGCUUUACUAA